UGUGUCUGGGCCAUUACUAAUAGAGCCUUGUAAACAAUCGUUAAUCAUGUAAGGACUGCAGGCCAUUGGAUUCGGACCGGGAGCGCGGACCGGGAGCGCGGAGCGCAGAGCGGGGCCGCGGCCUCUCCGCCUGCCCCCUCCCCGCCCCGGGCAGCCCGGCCCCAGGCAGCCGCAGGCGCGCCGCGGCGAGAGCCCCGAGCAGCAUGUGGAGAGCCGCCGCCGGGGCCCCGCCAGCAUGUACGUGAGCUACCUCCUGGAGAAGGACGGGCCCAUGUACCCCGGCCCGGUGCGGCACUCGGGGGGGCUUAACCUGGCGGCGCAGAACUUCGUCGGUGCCCCGCAGUACGCGGACUACGGCGGGUACCAUGUGAACCUCGACGGCGCCCAGUCCCCCGGGCCGGCCUGGCCUGCGCCCUACGCCGCCCCGCUCCGCGACGACUGGGGCACCUAUGGCCAAGGGGCGCCGCCGGCCGCCGGCGCCGUCCACGGCCUCAACGGGGGCUCCCCCGCCGCCCCCAUGGCCUACAGCCCCGCCGACUACCACCACCACCAUCACCACCACCCGCACGCCCACCACCACGCCGGCCCCGCGCCCCACUGCUCCGCCGGGGUCAUGCAGCCCCUCAACGCCGCCAGCGCCGCUGCCAGCGCCGCCCCCGAGCCGCUCUCCCCCGGUGGGCAGCGCCGCGGCCUCUGCGAGUGGAUGAGGAAGCCGGCGCAGCCCCCGCUCAGCAGCCAGGUUAAAACCAGGACGAAAGACAAGUACCGCGUCGUGUACACCGACCACCAGCGGCUGGAGCUGGAGAAGGAGUUUCACUACAGCCGCUACAUCACCAUCCGGAGAAAAGCGGAGCUGGCCUCCAACCUGGGGCUGUCGGAGAGGCAGGUGAAAAUCUGGUUCCAGAAUAGGCGGGCGAAGGAGAGGAAGAUCAACAAGAAGAAGCUGCAGCAGGCGCAGCCCGGCGGCGCGGAGCCCCUCAGCCCCAGCGCCUCCUUGCAGGGUCCCGCGGCGGGGGCGGCCGCGGCCGGGCUGGGCCCCGCGGCCCCGCAGUGACAGCGGCCGGGGACAGCGGCGCAGGGACUGCUGGAGGACGCAGCGGAGCGGGCCGGGCCUGGCCGGGGGGCACGGAGGGAGCGGCCCCCCCGAUGCACUACACCGCCCCGCGGGGCCGGCCGUGUGUACAGGUGUACAGUGUAUGUGUCUCGUCGUCCGGGGGAAGCGUGUCCAUCGCUUUAAUAAUAUUAUUAUUAUGUUUGGGUGCUUUUUUUUACCCUGGAAUUUGUUAGAUAAAGUGUGGGCGCUGCCUGCCAGUCAACCCCCGGUAUAUCUCAGGGAUGGGUCCAAAAGACCUUUGCAAUGUUGUUGGGCUAAUGAUGAA